UGAACUGAAUUGACGAAAACUGAUUCGAGUUUUCGCUUCCGGGUCAUUCGAUUCGAAAAGAAAUAGUUUCAAACGAAAGAUCGAGUGUUGAAUGUUUUGUAUGUAAAUUUUCGAAAAAAAAAAAGAAAAAAAAGAAAAAAAGGAAAAAGAAAGGGGAAAGAUUUUUCAAUAAAAAUGCAAAAUGAAAUAAAAGUAGCAUUUAAUGUGAAAAUUUGCCGAGACACAUCCAUAUUUUUUUCUGUAAAAAUAAAAAUGAUUACAGGGUACGGAUGAUAAGGUAGCUCGUAUGUGGCGAUUGCGAGAGACUGCUUAUAUAUAAAGUCGCGCGAGCUCUUCUUUUCUAGUUCGAGUUUCAUUUCAGUGCUCCUCUGUUAAAUAUUCCUGAUACCGGGAGACCACUUCUAUAAAGUGUUUUUGUUUCUGUAUUGCCCAAACGCGAUAUCUUAGCAUGGCCAAGGACAAUUUGACAGCUAUCCUUUAUGGUAUCAACGAUAUUAGAUUGGAACAAACUCCGAUCGAGGAACCAAGCCAGGAUGAGGUGCUCAUUCAAAUGGGCUGCGUUGGAAUUUGUGGGUCUGACGUUCAUUAUUUGGUGAACGGAAGAAUCGGUGAUUUUGUAGUGCGUGAACCUAUGAUAAUGGGCCACGAGUCUUCCGGAGUGGUCGUCAAACUUGGAAAGGAUGUAAAAAAUUUGAAGGUCGGCGACAGAGUGGCCAUCGAACCUGGAGUAUCUUGUAGAUAUUGCAAGUUUUGUAAGGAAGGACGUUACAACUUGUGCAAAGAAAUGGUAUUUUGCGCUACUCCUCCAGUACAUGGUAGCCUGAGACGUUUCUACAAACAUGCCGCUGAUUUUUGCUUCAAAUUACCGGAUCACGUGUCAUUGGCUGAAGGAGCAUUGUUGGAACCGUUGUCGGUCGGUGUUCAUGCUUGCAAACGUGCGAAUAUUGGCAUCGGUUCAAAAGUUUUAAUUUUGGGAGCCGGACCUAUCGGUUUGGUAUCGUUAUUAGUAGCAAAAGCUAUGGGAGCUAGUAAAAUUGUUAUUACCGAUCUGAUGCAAAGUAGAUUAGAUCUUGCAAAACAACUCGGUGCUAACGAAACGUUAUUGAUAAAAAAAGAUGAUGUAGAGGAAAAGACUGUGCAAAAAAUUAUCGAACUUUUUGGAGAAGAACCGGACAAGACUAUCGAUGCUUGUGGAGCUGAGUCUUCGAUACGCUUAGCAAUUUUCGCGACUAAAUCCGGCGGAGUAGCUGUUUUAGUAGGAAUGGGCCCACCAGAAGUUCGUGUUCCAUUGAUAAAUGCACUCAUAAGAGAAGUUGAUAUUAGAGGUGUAUUUCGAUACGCAAACGAUUAUGCCGACGCAUUGGAUCUCUUGGCUUCCCGAAAAAUAGACGUGAAACCAUUGAUAACGCACAAUUAUAAAUUAGAAGACACUGUUCAAGCUUUCGAGACUUCGAAGUCGGGCCAGAAUGUUGUCAAAGUUAUGAUACAUUGCAAUUAGAAAAGUAAAAAUGACGAACGAAAAGGAAUUAUGACAUGAUCCAGUGAUAUAUGUAUAUGAGAAUU